CGGUGUGCGUGUGUUUUGAAUGUUUUAACUGUAAUUACAUAUACGCAGUGUGUGUUUUCCGCCCCAGACCAACAGAGAGGGAGGCUGAGCGAUGAAUACCGUCUUUCGAAAGUUGCAGGUGUCUGUCACGCAACAGGCGUUUGUGUUGAACCAAGCACUUACAUCAUGCCGGGCCACACCAUCCGUCCAGCAUCCAGUUUGGGCUGCUGUAAACGAAAGACAAUACAAAACCAUGCCAACACACGGGAUCGGGAGGUGGAGACAUCUGUUACCUAGAGAAGCCCCAAAGAAAAAGAAAGACCGACACCAGAUGAAGGAGAUCCUGGCAGAGACGGACACAGCAUACGGGACUCUGAAUGUGAAAGUGUCGGGUUACGACAUGACGUUGGUGGAGCAUUACUCCCAGUACAUCCACAACCUCUGCAACCGGCUCGGCAUCAAAGUGGCAGAAAGCUAUGCUUUGCCGACCAAGACCACAGAAGUCAUGCUGAUGCAAGAGCAAGGCACCAAGAUGUUUGUUGACGCCGUCCUGAAGACUCACUCACGAGUCGUCCAGUUGAGCAGUCUGAACGCUACAGCGUGUCCCGUGUUCAUAGACGUCCUUUUGAAGAAUCAACCAGAGGGAGUUCAGCUCUCUGUGCAGGAGCACACCGAGGCCGAUUUCCAUGCGCGGUUCAAGGGCCGUCCGGAGCUGGAGGGGCUGAUGGCUCAGAUGGGCAAUUAAGACCCGUGACGGUCUCAAGUCUGAUCUUCAGAGGAUCCACCUCGUUUACCUGUUUGAUUUUCUUUAUUUAUUCUCUGACAUUUCUUAACUGAACGCCGUCAAAGGUGAUCAUUUGCAUAAAAUGUAAAAACUGUUUUUUUGUGACCUCUGGAAAAUAAAAAUCUCCCUAUUUCUUUCCAA